GCAGGGGAGGGACCCGGCCGGAAGCGUGCCGGCUCCGCUGCGGCGGCGGCGGGGCCCGGGAGGCGCGGCCGCGGACAUGUGCAGGAUGUCCUUCAAGAAAGAAACUCCACUUGCGAACGCUGCGUUCUGGGCAGCCAGGAAAGGGAACCUGGCCCUCCUGAAGCUGCUCUUAAACAGUGGCCGGGUGGACGUGGACUGCCGAGACAGUGCUACCCCUCUCUGGUGUAAUGAUGACCUGACUGUUCAUCUGUUUGUCCUCCACCAGCACGGCACCACACUCCUCAUGAUAGCAUCCUACGCUGGCCACUUAGACUGCGUGAGAGAACUGGUUCUGCAAGGAGCAGAUAUCAACCUGCAGAGAGAGUCAGGUACAACUGCCCUGUUCUUUGCUGCCCAGCAAGGCCACAAUGACAUCGUGAGAUUUCUCUUUGAAUUUGGAGCAUCCACUGAAUGUAGGACCAAAGACGGAGGCACCGCCCUGUUAGCUGCCAGUCAGUACGGGCACAGGCGGGUGGUGGAGACCUUGCUGAAACACGGAGCCAACAUUCAUGACCAACUUCACGAUGGAGCCACUGCCCUCUUCCUUGCUGCCCAAGGUGGUUACUUGGAUGUUAUUCGGUUAUUGUUAUCUUCAGGGGCAAAAGUGAACCAGUCAAGGCAGGACGGGACGGCCCCCCUGUGGAUCGCGUCGCAGAUGGGCCACAGCGAGGUGGUGAGGGUGAUGCUGCUGCGCGGGGCUGACCGCGACGCCGCCAGGAACGAUGGUACAACAGCUUUACUCAAAGCAGCCAACAAAGGGUAUAAUGAAGUGAUAAAGGAGUUGCUUAAAUUCGCACCCACCCUUGGUAUUUUGAAGAAUGGGACAUCGGCGCUCCAUGCGGCAGUGCUCAGUGGGAAUAUUAAAACAGUUGCCUUGCUCCUGGAAGCUGGGGCGGACCCAGCCCUGAGAAACAAGGCCAAUGAACUUCCAGCAGAACUAACAAAAAAUGAGCGCAUUUUGCGUCUCCUCCGAGGUAAGGAAGCACAAGGCAAGAGCUAACUUAGUUCUGUAUUUGAUGGAAAAGAUAGAAACCUUAACCACAUUGUCCAAAAAGAAAUUUUCAGAUAGUGCUGGAAAUUGUUUUUAAGAAAGAAAAUGCCCAAAAUGCCUGCCCAGCGGGUACCUGACAAAGCAGAGCGUGCUUUGUGCAUUAAGGCAAGAGCAGAACAGCUGUGGGACCCCUCCCUGUCCCUUCCCCCACUGUGGGUUCACACCGGCCUCUGACUUGGCUCCAGUGGGGUCUGGCAUAUUCAUGAAUUUCACAGAAACUCAUUUUAAACUAUGGUAACGCGAGUCUCGGUUAAACUCUAAGAUGGAUAAGGUUUUCAGUACCAAGCAAGGAGACAGAAAACUUUGUUCUUUUAAAAGACUGAAAGUCAGAAUUUCAAUGAAUUGAUGCACUUUGGCUUUUGUGUUAAAUAUAGGUAUGCUGAACUAUGGAGACCCAUCAUGUUUAAUGUAAAUGUGUGUGUGUGUGUACACACAGGGUAAAAUGUCUUCUUCUAUCCAAGGAUCAUAAGUAUUAUGAAUCAAUAGGUAUUAUGAAUCAGUAUGAAUCAAUGGGUAUUAUGAAUCAAUGUGUAAACAUAUGCUGUUAAAAAGCCACUUCUGACAUAUUACUGUGUGCUUUUCAAAGAUGGGCUGUUGAAUUAUAAAAAAGACAAAUUGUGUUAUUUGUUAGUUGAUUCUUAUCUUAUUCCUGAAACUUAAAAAUCAUUUGUAUUUAGAGCCAAUGCUGUAGCUAUGUCAGGUAACAAGUGGCAAAUUUGGAAAUUCAGGGAAUUAUGAACCACAAGAAAUGUAGGCUUGUCUCUUUGAGCUUUUAUUUUGGUUCUACUGUUUGGGAAUCUCUUUCUCAUGCUGUGCUGUGGAAUCUUGAACUUCCAACACCACAUUCUUUGAUGCAAAGACUUUGAAAUCUUUGGAUAAAGAGUGCAAGUUCACUGGAUUGCUAUUAUUACUGUAGAAGUAUAACUAAUAAAAGACUGUUAUAUGGUACAUA